ACGCGGCGCAGCCCGGCGAGCGGAGCGCGCAGGCGGGCGGAGCAAUGGCGACCUUCUUCGGGGAGGUGGUGGUGGCGCCGUCCCGCGCCGGCGUGGACGAUGAGGAGUCGGCGGAGGAGGCCCGGGAGGAGACACCCGAGGACCGGGAGAUCCGCAGGGAGCUGGAGAAGAAAAGGGAGGUCGAAGUCCUCUGGACCUGGAAGUCUGCGGAAGGCCCGGCCGGCGAGCCCCUCGUGUGCUCGAGGUUUAUCGUAGCGAUAGGACAUCACGCUGCAGCAUUCCUGUCAUCUUUUAUUCUGGAUUCUGUAUGUUGGGAAGUGGUUGGUGUUGUGAAGCUGUGGAAUGAAUGGUGUCGAACAUCCAAUGCAACAAAUGUCAUCCCAACAGAUUCUUUCUGUUUGUUCUACCGAUUAAUAUCAGACCCAACUGUUUUGUUGUGCCAGUGUAGUUGCUAUGUUGCUGAGGAUCAACAGUUCCAGUGGCUUGAUAAGGUCUUUGGCUGUAUGCAAAAGGAAGGCUUGCAAGUAACUAUUCUUUCAACGUGCCCUGUAGCUGAUUAUAAAACUCAGGAAUCCACUUUAACACUUCCAUCUCCAUUUCUGAAAGCCUUAAAGACAAAAGAAUUCAAAGAGCAGGUCUGCUGCCCACUGCUGGAACAACCUAACAUCGUUCGAGAUCUUCCUGCUGCUGUUUUGAGUUAUUGUCAAGUGUGGCAGAUUCCUGCAGUGCUGUAUCUGUGUUACACUGAUGUCAUCAAACUGGACACGGUUACAGUUGAAGCCUUCAAGCCUCUGCUUUCUUCUAGAAUCCUGAAAAGUUUAGUCAAGGAUGUAUCUGAAAGCACGAAGAUUUUGAAGAAGUUACUGACGACCAACGAAACUCACAAUAAUAUCUAUAUCUAAAGAGGACAUUUAUGACACAGACUGCACAGUUUGUUCUGUAGAGGACAUUUUGAAUUUGUAAUUGUUUCCUUAAAAGUGGAAUAAAUUCCAGUAGAUUUUUACUUUUGCACUCAUUUUUGUUACUUACAGAUUCAUCACCACAAACACAUAGAUUUCUUCUGCGUGGUUUGGGACACUAUCUUCUGGAGGGAUUUUAGGAGAUAUCUGGAAUAUGAAAAGCAACUUCUUUUUCUCGUCAUGAAGGGAUUGUAUUAUCUAAAUGUAUACUUAUUAUAUAUAAAAGAGGAAAUGCAAUUAAGAAAUUCUGUUUAUCUAAUGAGAACACUAUUUUUUACUUUCUUUUGAGACACAAAAGUUUUCCUGAUAUUUGUUCCUCUUUAAAGGUUUGUCUGUGAUGGAGAAAAUACACUCUGCAUCUUUUUGCUUAGAUAAGUAUGUAUAAGUUUGUUGUAUGUAUGAAUGAUACAUAUAUAUGUAUACAUGCUCAUACAUUUGUUGAUACACAAGACAGUAAGUAUGGUCAAUAUCUUUAAAAGAUUUACUAGUGGAAAAUAAGCUUGCUUUAGAAAUUAGUAGGAAGCAGGAAUGUGGAGCUGGUUUGAACUGCAUGGAAGGGCUGUGACUUGGAUGUAGUGAGUAGUUCAUCACAGGUAUUUGGGAUGCCACUGCCUGUGGCAGUGGCAUGGUAGGAGAGAUCUGGUAGGAGAAGUUUGCCCACAUUCAGAUGCUGCAGCUCCCAUUUGCAGUGCCUUGCUCAGAGCUCAUCUUUCUUGGCACUUUCAGCUACAAACUGAUCAGGUGCCAUAGAAGCACAGCAGCAUUCCCUGCUGUCAGGUCUCUGCCACUGGUGGGAAACUCUCCUGCUGAAACCGGGUGGUAAGGAUCACAAGCUGCUUCAGCUGGUUUUGCCAGGACAAACAAUGUAAUCUAUCCACUUUAAAGCUCUGAAUUGCUGGUAGCUGUAGGAAUAGUACAAGAUUUCUUAUGCAGAGUAUGUGAUUUCUAGAGAUCCUUAAAUUUAAAUUUUAGAUCUUUUAAAUUUAAUUUAAAAUUUAAAUGUGUCCUUUUGGAACAGAAGGAAAACAGCUUCAGAGUUUUCUGCUAAGUUUAACUUUGACUUACAUUGAAUGGCCAGUGGACCUUUUUCAACAGUGUAUGCCUGUAACAGAACUGUCAUCCAUCCCUUCAGGUUUGAAAGUGGUUUGCUUAGUCAACAUGCACUGAUGCAAGUAACUCCUGGCUUCAGCAGGGCCUCUACAACUUCUGAUGCUGGAAGUUUUAACUGCAUUCUGUAAUCAUAGUUUCCAUGGUAGAAGAAUAUUCUUGAUGUAGAUACCAAGUUGUGUGUCAGUUAGACAUUGAUUUAAACUUCUGUUAAUAUAAUUACAGAUAAGCAAGCAACUGUUGCUUUAAGUGGUGCUGUAUUUUGGAACAAACUCUGAAGCAUAAAGUACAAGACAUGGUUCCUUCUGUUUUGUAUUCUUUCCUGUUUCUAUGCAGCAUUUUAAUUAAAACCUGUUCAUCUGCA